UAAUAUAAUUCCCGUAGACAGCAGCCUGAUAUAACAAAUGCUGUGUACUGUAGAAAGUUGGCCCGGCAAUUCAUUGCGAUGAGCACUGCUCCUGCGAUAAAGCUUGCCACCGUAAUUCUUGUGGUCGUCGGGAUUUGGAUCCCCGUAUCCGAGGCUAAGACUCAUAACUAUGAACUCGGGCCUUUCAACAGUUCCUAUUACAACAGCUUGUCAGUCAUAUCGCCCGCUACUAUUAGCAAUGGAGCCUUACAAAUCACUCCUGAUUCCGCCGGUCAUUUUACCCUUACCAACAGGUCAGGCCGUGUAUUUUUCAAAGACUCUUUCAAGCUUUGGCAAGGUACACACUUGGCUUCUUUCAACUCUUCUUUUCUUAUCAACAUCUUCCGCCUCAGUAGUUCUCCACAUCCCGGAGAAGGCUUUGCCUUCCUCAUUUCCCCCACUGUUGAUCUCCCACCAAACAGCCACGGUCAAUACCUUGGUUUGACCAACUCCACCACUGAUGGUCUCCCCUCCAACCGCAUCGUUGCCAUUGAGCUCGACACUGGUAAACAAGAUUUUGAUCCUGAUGACAACCAUAUAGGUCUCGACAUCAAUAGCGUUCGCUCUAAAAAGACCGUCUCCUUGUCUGACUCUGGCAUCCAGAUCGCCCCUGUUAGUGCUAAAUACUAUAUGGUCUGGGUGCAGUAUGACGGAGCUAACAAGUUUUUGGAGGUGUAUAUAGCGGAACAGAAGGAGGGUAGCGAGGGGCUUAUCAUUUCUAGGCCGCCUAUGCCAGUCCUGACUGCGGAUCUUGACCUUAGCACCCUUGUCAACCAAAACUCCUAUUUUGGUUUUGCUGCUUCCACGGGGAUUGCCAUACAACUCAACUGUGUCCUCAGAUGGAAUCUAACGGUCGAAGAUUUGCCCGGUGGUUGGAACUGGAAUAACAAAUGGGUGAAGAUGGGUUUUGAAAUCGUUAUACCCUUAUUGGUUUUGUUGGUGAUAGGGACUGCAGGGUUGGUUUAUUAUGUGCAAAAAAAUGGGGCUGCGCGUGAUGCCAAUAUACUGGGUGCUCUAAAGAGUCUCCCAGGAACUCCAAGGGAGUUCAGCUUUAGGGAUCUCAAGACGGCCACGAACAACUUCGACGACAAACUUAAGCUUGGUCGAGGCAGUUUUGGUGUGGUCUUUAAAGGCGUCCUGCCCAAGGAGAAUCUCCAAAUUGCCGUCAAGAAGUUCUCUAGGGACAACCUCGAGGGCAAAGAUGAUUUUUUAGCUGAGCUUACCAUCAUCAAUCGUCUUCGCCACAAACAUCUUGUUCGCCUUUUAGGAUGGUGCUACAAGAACGGUAAGCUACUUCUGGUGUAUGAUUAUAUGCCAAAUGGGAGCUUGGAUAAGCACUUGUUUUAUGAAUCAGAAGAAAAGAACACUCUAGUGUGGGAGGUGAGGUACAAGAUCAUAUCUGGAGUAGCAUCUGCGCUACAUUACCUCCACAAUGAGUACGACCAGAGAGUGGUGCAUCGAGACCUCAAAGCCAGUAACAUAAUGCUGGACUCAAACUUCAAUGCUCGACUUGGGGACUUUGGGCUGGCACGUGCUUUGGACAACGAAAACACCUCCUAUGCGGAGCUGGAGGGAGUGCCUGGUACCAUGGGGUAUAUUGCCCCAGAAUGCCUUCACACAGGCAAGGCCUUCUGUGAGUCGGAUGUGUAUGGUUUUGGGGCGGUGGUAUUGGAGGUGGUGUGCGGUCUGCGGCCUUGGACACAAAUUUCUGGCUUCCAACUCUUGGUAGAUUGGGUGUGGUUUUUGCAUGGAGAUGGACGAAUACUAGAAGCUGUAGAUCAGAGACUGGUUAAUGAGUUUGUUGGUGAGGAAGCAAAAAGGCUGCUGUUACUUGGCCUGGCCUGUUCACAUCCUAUUGCCAGUGAAAGGCCUAGUACGCAGACCAUCCUUCAGAUAAUAUCAGGAUCUGUGCCUGUGCCUCAUGUUCCACCCUUCAAGCCUGCUUUUGUGUGGCCUUCAACGCCAGGGCCAAUCAGCAUCAGCACUAGUUGUACUACAUCUAAUGUGACAUCCGGCUCUGGCUCUGGCUCUGGUUGGACCCCCCACUACAACCAAGGGGAAGAAGAUUUACAGUGACAGAAACUUUGGAAGGGAAGGCGGUGGGCAUAUGUACCUUUUGACUCCUAUUGAUUUCAACUUUUCCCUUUCUUCUUGUCUCCUUUUGAAAUGUGAUUUAAGUAUUUUGAAGCAUAAGAAAAUUAAAUAAUUAUAUCAUUAGAUAUUAUCAAAUUAUUUUUCUGUACAUCUAAUUUACUCUUUGAUCUUUUGCCAUAAUGACAUACUAUUAAAUUACAUUA